AUGGAGUCACGCCUUCUGCAACUGCCAGGCGAGCUUCGUAACAAGCUCGGUGUGGGCUGGCUUUGUCUCCAUCCUCAACAAACGGAACGAGAUGUCGAGAAACUUGCUCAAACUCAAGCUGCCGGCGCCAGCGGUGAAGAGCUCGAGGACGAGGCUCCGGCACGAAAACGUCGUAGGCUUACAAAGGCUGUUCGAACUACCAAAAAAACCGUUGUAGCUGCCGAAAAGAUGAGACGCCCUGCGCAGGUCACAGUGAACGGACAUGUCGUCGCUAACCAACUUCAAUUCGUCAACAAUCAACUUCGAAGCGAGACUAGGGCAUUGGUUAUUCGCUACAACGAUAUACACAUCCUCGAAGAAUAUCGGCAUCUCACAGAGUUCAUCGAUAGUGUCGUCGGUCAUAAGAGACUAUGGAUUCAGAAAAUCGUUAGGCGGGUGCAGUCGAAGAGGAAAUCGAGAAGGCCCAUCAAGGCCAAGUCCAACGAGGCAAUGCAUCCCCGAUUUAUGAUCCAUGACUACCUCCCAGAGGUAAGUUUAGACGGAAAUGCAUUCUUCAUGGUUGCAGGAGUUAUACAUGAGUUCGGUCGCCAAGAUCACUCGUUUUUGAGCCGGUUAACCCAAAACGUCAACUUUCAACAACUCGUGCGCAGUUCGACUGGCCUUCCCAAGCUAUCGGCCUAUACCAAGAAAUUUCCCUGGGAUAAAAAGUUCGACGAGGCUGCUACUCGACGUUAUUGCGAGACGAAUGACUUCGUACAACAUUUUCUACUCCCAACUGCGCCAAAUGGCAUUGAAGGUCUAGUAGCCAUAGCCAAAGAGUGGAUCGAGAAUGGGUAUUAG